AUGCACCGUGAACGUGGCGUCCGCGUGCUUCUCCUGGCAGGCAGGUGUUGGUCCGAGGCUUUCUCAGAUACGCCGGCGUUUGAGAGAUCAGGUGCUGGACUGGACCCGGGGGGCCCGAUGCAGUUCGUGGACCCGUCGGACCCGGGCGCCGGUGCCGGGUUGAACGAGCUGGCCCUCGGCAUCGUGCCCCUCGUCUGUCGCUUCCGGUCGCUGGAGGAGAACCAGGAGCUGUGCGACAGGGGGCAGAUCAGCGGCUGGCGCCUGCACUCGCUGCGCGGCGAAGGGGGGCCCACGGCCGACGCGGUCGCGGGCUGGGUGCGGCGGGGCGCCCUGCUGCGGAGCGUGGCGGAGAUCUGCCCCCAGGCGGUGCUGCUCCUGCUGGCCCGCCACGUGGAGUCCCUGCUUCUGGCCGUGGAGAUACGGGAGGCGGGCGUGGCGCAGCUGCGGUACGGGCUGCUGAAGGCCUGGCUGAGCCAGGGAGUCUUCCCGCAGCAGCCCUGGGAGCUCCGCGCGGCCCGCACCGUCGUCCGCGGCUGGGGCCUGGUGGAGCGGGAGGCGCGCAUCUUCGGGACCUACGGGCGGCUGCUGUCGCAGAUCCACAGCUGA